AUGACCACCCCGACCCGCCACGACUCUGCACCCAGCCCGCUCUCGCAGCUACCCACCGAGCUCCUCUACCACUGCUUCCGCCUCGCCGCCUCGCUCGAUCCCCACACGGCACGCUCCCUCGCCUACGUCUCGCGCACCGUCUGCCACUGGACCAUCUCGCAGCGCUGGUCGACGAUCGUCUGCACCACGCCCCAGCAGGUCGUCGCCCUCUGGCUCUUUCUUAUCGAGUCCCAGCACAACGACGACACUGACGCCCACCCCCACCCCCCACCCUCCGGCUCCGGCUCCGGCGCGCCACCAACACCGCGCUACAUUUCCUGCCCCGCCUCGAGGCCCGGCUCCUAUACUCGCAACCUCUUUAUCGAUACCACUCCAUGCGGCGCCACCACUCAUGUUGACCCCGGCACGACGACGCCCUACGAGGACCUCCUCACCCUCUCGUCCCGCCUCCAGCUCCAGCGGGAACGCGACGCACUCGCCCACGCCGCAGCGCUUUCGACGUCGCAGCCACCGCCCGCAUGGGAGACGCUGCAGCGCACCAAGCUGGCGCCCACCCGCGCCUCGUCGCGCCUCUCCGGGCUCCUCUACCACUUCCCCGCCCUCGACCACCUCGCCCUCGGCGCAACCGAGAUGCAGCUCUUCCAGCCCAGCCUCAUCUCUACCUCGCCCGUCGAAAUGAUGCUCGUCUACGACGGAAACGACACCCUCAUCUCCGACGUCUUUCUCAGCGGCGUCGAGGAGCUCGCGCACUGGUCCGACGACGUCGAGUCCAGCGGGUCGCAGCGAGGGGCAGGGAACAUGACGGCGACACUGGGCGGCAUCCGACGCCGCCUCAAGCGGCUCCACGUCGUCGGCAUCGACCCGCGCAGCCAGCUGGCGGGCGUAGCGAUGCCCGUCAAGAUCCUCGAGCCUCUUCGCGCCGGCAGCACCUCGCCCGGCUCUCUUAUCCACGCGCUCUCCUACAACGCACCGCCGCUGCUCGACGAGGCGACCUCCAACGGCGACCAAACCAACGGCGAUGGCCAUGGCGACGUCGACGGCGCCUCGCGCUCUCCGCUAGCCACGGUCCGCGAGCAGGCGAUCCGUGCCCUCUCGUUGCCAUCGGCUCCCCUAUCGCGCCAGCGUACCAGCCAGGGCCUCACGCACCUUCGCUACGAUACCAAGCGAUUCUCAUUUCGGCCCUCGGAGAUCAUUGCGUCGCGGCUGCGAUCAUUCGUGCAGGAGCUGGAUCUCGCCCCGGCGGCUGGCUCGGCGGCGGCGGGCGGCGAGAAUGGCGAGCGGGCGGCCGCCUCCACACCGGCAGCAGCAGCAGCGGGGGCCGUCGAGGAAGAGCAAGACGCCGAAGACGUCUGGCCACGCGAACGCAGCGACGUGUGGACGAGCACGAGCAGCGGCAGCGGCCUCCUCCCGCUCGUUUUCCCGCCGACGAACUCGUCGUCGUCGUCGUCCUCGUCUGCGACAGGCGGCGGCGCCGUCGUCGACGCAUCCUCGGCCGUGUUUGCGGCCGAGUUUGCCGAUUCUAUCCGACACCUCUACGGCUGGACGCAAAUGACGCAGCGGCAGCGCUGGAUCGCGUCGCAGGGCGAGUACGUCGAUCGCAUCGAGGCCGGCUUCACGGCCUCGGAUAAUGCGGCCCUGUCGCGCAUCCAGGAGCGCUUCACGAGGCAACUUCGAGACGAGUCGCUGCUCGCCGCCGCACCUCGAGCCACCGACCACGAUGCUGCCGCCGCCGCUGCCGCAGAGUCCGAUAGGCUGCGGUAUCGCGCCAGGCCGCCCUGCGAGUUCGUCAGCUUGGGCGGCGUCACCGCCGCUUUCACCAAACAGCAUCGGAUCGAUGUCUUCCUCGAUCGGUCCAGAGGCGGUCAAGGGUCGUGGCCGUCGACGACCUAG